AUGCUUUUCUGUCCAUUCCAGCGACGAGCUUCCGAACCUUUAAAACCACCCUCCGACCUUGACUAUCUUCUCAUGGAUCUUUCAUCCCUAGAGGGCACGCCGAUGGUUAAUCCAAAAUUCAUUGUUCCGCCAGAUACGACCAUUCCUCGUAUUCAUACACAGUCGCGUGUUUCAAUUCAAUAUCUGCUCUCAAAACAUCUGCCACCGAGACCUACCUCAACGGAGGCUAUCUCACCAACACAGCAUUGCAAAGGACUACAGGACUGGUCACCCAACCCUUCCAUAAUAAAUGGCAAUAUAAGCUUCUGCCUGCAGACGUACCAACAAUCCGCCGGACGCACUGUCUCUCAACUGCAAUCCUCAAUAUGA